AUGCCCUACGCAUUGCUAUCGCCACUCCGAGGCUCGCAAAGUGCGGCGCCAAAGCGUGCCAGCGACGAGGCUAGUCCAGUGAUUGACCAAAGGAAGCGCCAAGUCUUGUCACAGCGCCACGCCGGAAGAGCCGACACAGAGAGCGAUAAGAAAAACUUCGAAAAUUCGGCUGACACCACAUCUGCUGCUGCUGAUGCUCGUGCCGCCGCCGCUGCCGCUGCCGCUGGCUGCUCGAAGAAAUUUCUUAUGAAAAUCCACGUUUUGGAAGCAAAACGCACGUCACUUGCCAAACUAGGCCCCAGGCAGCACCUCCGUCAUCUGGACUGCACAACGCCCCUGGGAGCUUCGAGAGGCUGGGCGAUCGGAGGCGGAACGGGCGUCGUCGACUGUGCCAUAGACAAGCUGGCUUGCGGAGGGAGCGCCGGCCUCGACUGUCCAUCUGGGCGUCUGCGUCUGCGCACGCUCAAGCUUCGCAUGCAAGUCGAAGCUCUGCGCUCGGGCAACCAAAUGCACUGUUUCUUGAGCGUCAUGCACCUUGUCCGCCUCGCCGUUCCCGUGCGGUGCCUUGCCAAAAAAGAAAAAAAGUCGGCCAUUUGGGGGUGGCCGUCGUGCCCAUCCGCUGUCAUCCCACGGAUCGGCCUGAGCCCUGAAGCCCUGGAGCCCUGA